CAUAGGUUCAGUUGCUGAUUUAAACCCCUUAGUUUUACACUUUAUUUUAUCUUAUUAAUUUAAGUAGUCCAACUUUAACUGAUAGAGAUACAUAUUCCCCUGCAUCUUAGUAUUCAAGCAAAUAAAUUAGAAAGCCUCAUACUCAUUUUACAAAUGUAUAUUUCGUUUUAACAAUGUUAUGUUUGUAACCAAUUUGCAAGUGUUAGUAAUAUGACUCUUGCACAACGGAAAUAAUCUGAGUUCUAAUCCUAUAGUCGCCAACCUCCUACAAAAGUAUCGGAUGUUCCACCAAUGAUUCGAGAAUUAGCUCCCUAGUGGGGGUUCUAAAGCGGUUAAGUUGUAGCCCGAACUUGCUAUUAACAUGGAUUUGCGUGUUGUUAAUGCAUUUGGUAGACAUGUUGAUGCACCUUCUAAGUGGGAAAGGUUCGACAAGCGCGAAGACAUCAUAAGCGACCUACCUGACUACAUUAUUGGUUCUAUACUUUCGUUUCUUCCUACUAAAGAUGCCGUUCGUACGAGUGUUCUAUCAAAGAGGUGGAAAAACCUAUGGAAAUUUGUCACAGAACUUAGUUUUCAAGAUAGAAACCAUUUGCCUCACAGAAAGUUUAAAAAAACACACUUUUUACACUUUGUAUAUAGGAUACUAAUUCAUCUGAGUAGUUCAACAAUCCAUAGUUUUUCUCUUUCUGUUUACUAUAACUAUGAUCUUUCCCAUAUUAAUGAAUGGAUUUCUUUGAUUUCUGAUCUCCGAGUCAAAAAGAUUUGUUUCGAGUCACAGAUAAAACAGCGCAACUUUCCCUCCAAUGCCCUUAUCAAAUGCCAGUCUUUAGAGGAAUUGAUUCUGAAAAAUUGUAUUAUCACUUUUCCUCCCUUUAUUAGUCUUUCAUCCCUCACAGUUCUUAAAUUGUCUGUAGUCACACUUACCUGUUACGACCUGAAUAACUCGAAUGAGCCGAUAGAUUUAACACUUACAUUUCCAGUUCUUAGAAAGUUCGAGAUAGAAAGAUGUGCAUGGUUAAGUGUAAAGAGUGUCACUUUACAUGUGCCUCUACUUGAAGUUGUUUCAAUGGACUGUAAAUUUGUGAGGUUAAAUACUGAAUUUACGUUUUGUGCUUCGCGUGUUACAGAGUUUAUGUAUAUUGGUCCUUUUUUUUCAGAGACCAUUUGGGUAGACGCAGCACACAUUGUUUCUGCUGAUAUUACUAUAUAUGAUGGUUCAAAUACGAGUUUGGAAGAAUCGAUUCUUUUUGUUAGUAAGCUUCUCAGUAUUAAUGCAGCAAGUCUAAAGCUUUGUUUGCACGAAAAGAAGGUACUUGCACGAGUGAAACGUUCUUUUAAUGACAUUCCUGACUUUCAAAUAUUGCGUCAUCUGGAUUUAGACUAUGCAACUGGUGAUUUUUUGUUUGACUUACUUUUAAAAUCACCACGUUUGGAGACUCUUGUUUUAAAGGUACGAGGUGACUGGCGGCUUGAUUUUGCUGUUAUGCCGGGUUGUUUAUUUACCCUUAAAGUGGUAAAAUUUGUAAGAUUUGCUGGUACUCCUCAUGAGUUAAAUUUUGCUAAAUAUGUGAUGAAAAAUGCUCUAGCCUUAGAGAAAAUUACUUUCUGUUCUUCUAAGUUGUUUGGCUCGAAUAACUGCGAAAAACUUAGAGAAAAGAUCUUUUCAUACAGGACGUGGUUUAGUUCAGCAGUUAUAGAAUUUUCAUAUAUUACAUAAGUUUUUUAAGAGUGUUAGAAAUGCAAUGGUGGUUCUUGUUUAUUAUUGCAUUUGUAAAUUUGAGUGGGAGAAUGUACUAAACUGUUUACAAUUUUAAUAAAAUAAUUCUUUUACAUAUUCUAUUUA